AUGGUUACCAGCGUAAUAUCUGCCAGCCACUUGGUCCCGAAGCCCGCACAAUCCGGAGGCGAAGAAUCAAACCCACAGGCCGAGGACGAGCAAUCACCUGAGAACGACUCUGACGCCACUCACACGACAAUAUGCCUCACCAUCUUCAUAUUCCGCGGCGAGCCAGACAUGUACUUCAAACGCCAUGUCAUUCUGUAUUUUACGUCGCCAGAACUUCCCGACUUCUGCGAGACGGUACACAUCCAGCGCGUCGGUGAGACGGGCCCGUGGAUGGUGGAUCGAGCACGCGGAGCGAUAGACUGGGCUCUCGAGGCCAACUACUGCGCUCACGUAAAUGCCGGUGCCGUCGUGGUAAAUAGGGGCGAGGAGAUGGUGCCGGUCGCUGUGACUGCGGGAGUUCCCGUCCAAAGCCGGCUAAAUAUGAGCUGGAACUGCCAGAACUUUGUGCUCGAGGGCUUGCAGGCCCUAGUCGACGAGGGGUUCCAGACGCAAGAAUGGUAUACUGCGGUCGAGGAUGAACUCGUGGAGCGAUUGAUGGAUGGUACUGUUGGGUAA